AUGGUAGGAGUAUGGUCCAGAGGCGUGUGGAACGACAGGAAUAUCGUACGCAGCUGCUUGAGCUGCCACCUUCAAGAUUUCGGUCAUUCCUCCGACCCACAUGACAUCCGGUUGCAAGAUGUCGAUGUUUCUUCCCUCGAUCAACUUUCUGAAGCCGUAACGGGUGUACUCGUGUUCACCAGUGGUCCAUUUCAUGCGAGGGUGUGCUCUCUUCAACAACUCAAAGCCGUCAAAGUCGUCUGGGUGCAAAACUUCCUCAAACCAGUUGAUGUUCAAGUCCUCUGUGGCCGAGGCCAACUCAAUGGCAUAUGGAACAGUCAAAGACAUGUAACAGUCCACCAUAAGAGGGAAGUCGGGGCCCACGGCCUCUCUGUGCUUUCUCAAAAACUCGACGUUUUUCUUGAGUCCGACGUGGCCUUCGUCUGGGCCGUAUGGAAGCGCAACCUUUCCACCCCAGAAUCCCAUCUUCUUGGCAGCCUGUGGGUUGCAUCCAGUGCAGUAGAAGUCGAUCUUCUCCUUUGUGGCUCCGCCAAUCAACUUGUAGACGGGUUCUCCGCGGAUCUUUCCCAAAAGAUCCCAAAGGGCCAAGUCAAUGACAGAAAUCACGGCGAUUGGCAAACCUUUGCGGCCGUAGAACAUGGACGCACGGAACAUCUUGUCCCACAAGAUGUUGUAGUCUCUUGGGUCGGCGCCUUCCAAGAAUCUGAGGAAAUGGUGCUUCACCAACCAACAUGCUGGAGGUCCACCGAAUCCGGUAGCAAAACCUUUGGUUCCGUCAGUGGCCUCGAUCUCAACACAGAAUGA